GGAGCAGUGCGCGGGCAGAGCCUGGCACAGCGGGACCAGAGCCUGGCCUGCAUGGAGACCCUGCUGCAAGCAACCGGCUUCCCCUACUACCUGAUGCACUUGGAACAGGCGCUGGAGCUGCCUGCAUCCAUCCUGCGCCCGGGGCCGGUGGCAUCCAGUGAGCCCAGCCUGUCCUAUAAGGAGGCUCCUGCUGCUGCCCUCACCCAGGAGCUGCUGAAGCUCUUUGAGGCUGUGGAGACACCAACAGCAAAAGAGGAGCUGCUGCAGAUGCUGCGGAUGCACCUCAUCCUGCAGACAGCCCGGAACAAGGGCUACACCAAGGUGAUGACAGGCGAGAGCUGCACCCGCGUGGCCAUCAAGCUCCUCACCAACCUGGCGCUGGGUCGUGGUGCUUUCCUCGCCAUCGACACGGGCUUCAAGGAUGACCGCCACGGCGACGUGGUGGUGGUGCGUCCCAUGCGGGAGUACAUGGCCAAGGAGAUCGCCUUCUACAACCACUUCUUCAAUGUCCCCACUGUCAUUGCACCGCCGCUCCCCACCAAGCGCCGGGAUAAGUCCAGCAUCCACCAUGUAGUAGAGCGCUUCCUCCUGGGGCUGCAGGAGGAUUUCCCCUCCACCAUCAGCACCAUCUACCGGACGGGUGAGAAGCUGAGCUCAGAUCGAGCCAAGGCGACCUGCGAGUCCCAGCGCUGCCUGCUCUGCCUGUGUGCCCUGGACCUCGAUGGGGAGGAUGAGCUUGCCCUGGAGCCCACACUGAUCAUGGACGAUUUUUUUCACGGGUCUGAGCCAAAAUCUGCCUACAUCCCACUGCUGUGCUACAGCUGCCGCCUCACCUUCAAGGAGCUGGGUCCUGUCACCAUGCUGCCGCCCUAUGUGCGUGCUGAGGCCCAGUGCAGGAUCCACAGGUAA